UGCCAUUUUCGCUGUAAACGACACAACGUGUUUAAAAUGGGCAAACGUAAGCGCGAAAUUCCAGAGUCUAAAUCGGAAAAAAAUACUGAAAAUCAUGAGACUGCAGUCGAAACUUCUAAUGACAAACCUAAAAGAGGAAAAUGGAUUAAUAAACAACGAGUUUUAAUUUUUGCAUCCAGAGGAAUUGCAUUUCGAGACCGGCAUCUGAUGAAUAAUUUAAGGACUCUCUUGCCUCAUUCUAAACCUGAAUCGAAAAUGGAAAAGAAAGGCCCUCUUCUUGUAAUUAAUGAAAUUUGUGAGAUGAAGAAUUGCAAUCAUUGUAUUUAUUUUGAAAAUAAGAAGCAUCAAGAUUUAUAUAUGUGGAUUUCUAAUGUGCCCAGUGGACCUUCAGCAAAAUUCUUAAUAGAGAAUGUCCAUACAAUGGAAGAACUUAAAUUGACUGGCAAUUGUUUGAAAGGAUCAAGACCAAUUUUAUCAUUUGACAGUAGAUUUGACUCAGAACCUCACUUAAAGCUCUUGAAGGAAGUAUUUAUACAAAUAUUUGGCACUCCUAAAAAUCAUCCUAAAAGUCAGCCUUUCUUCGAUCAUGUAUAUAAUUUUGCCAUACUAGACAACCGAAUUUGGUUUAGAAAUUAUCAAAUAGAAGAUGAUGGAGCUUCCUUGGUAGAAAUUGGUCCAAGGUUUGUUAUGAAUCUGAUUAAAGUUUUUGAUGGAAGUUUUUGUGGCUCUGUUCUAUAUACAAAUCCUCAUUACAUCACACCUAGCAUGCAUCGUAGGAACCUGAAGCUUGAAGCAUCAAACCGAUAUAAACAUAAAUAUGAUGCCAAGAAACUACUGGCGAUGCGCAGACCAAAGGAAUCAUAUAAAGUAGAUCCUUAUGAUGAUGUGUUUGACACUACUUCAGGAAAAAAAGAGCAUAAAAGCCAUGAAUAAAAAUAUGACAGUGUUAUGUAUAUUUUACUAUGCAAAUUAUAAUAUAAUUUUUUAAUCAUAAA